GCUGUAUAGUGCUUACGGAAGUUGUGCAACAUAGAUUUGAAUAUUUUUUGAGGGCGUCGCGUUAGCUACUGACACUAUAACAUGUGUUAUAUUGUAUUUUUUGUGUUUACGCUUGUAGGUUAGCUGUUAGGGCAACGCUACACAUCUAGCAUGUGAGCUCAUCAAGACUGUUCCUUUACUAUGAGCGCCCUAUUAAUCCAGCCGUCGGAGUCGAGCACAGCAUGCAGGUCACUACCUGGAGAGGGGAAUCAGGUGCAACCCAAAGCACCUCUCCUGCAGAUUCUGCGUGUGGCUGGAGCCCAGGAAGAUGUCUUCACACUCAAAGAGGUGAUGCACUACUUGGGUCAGUACAUCAUGGGAAAGCAGCUGUAUGAUAAACAGAGGCAGCACAUUGUCCACUGCCAAGAUGAUCCUUUGGGAGAACUGCUGGAAGUGGAGAGUUUUUCUGUCAAAAACCCCAGCCCAGUGUAUGAGAUGCUCAAGAAAUACCUGGUUGUACUUAGUUGUGCUGACGCUGCAGAGAAUCUUUCUGUGAGCCGUGAAUGUGUUGAGGGCGGAGUGGAGGAUCACGGUCAGGCGUGUGGGGGUGUGGUCAAAGCUGGGCUGGAGGCUGGCAGUGAUGGGCCCCUCCUGCAGACACCCUCCCAGAGACGACCCCGAGAAACAGAUGAGGACUCCUUUGAAGACCUGCCACGUUCAGCCUGCAAACGGCCCAAACUGGAUGUAACUCUUGAUGAGUGGGAUCUCUCCGGCUUGCCGUGGUGGUUUCUUGGCAAUCUUCGGAGUAACUACAGCCGGAGGAGCAACGGCUCCACCGACAUUCACACAAAUCAACUGUCUCAUGCACAGGAGGAGGAUACGGCUAUUGUGUCAGACACCACAGACGACCUCUGGAUCCUGACUGAGGGCGAGAGUGAACAGGUGAGCGUGGAGAUGAAAGAAGCAGUGCUGGAAGAAGGGAGUGGAGGAGAAGGAGAGACACCGCCUGAAGAUGAUGGAUUGAAGGAGGAGAAGGCAGAUCGAGAUAUGCAGGAGGAGCCAGAUGAAGACUCUCAGUGUCUGAGUGAUGACACUGAUACAGAGCUCUCCAUUCAGGAUGCAUGGCAGUGCACAGAAUGCAGGAAAUUUAACACACCCCUCCAGAGGUACUGUGUUCGCUGUUGGGCCCUACGAAAGAACUGGUAUAAAGAUGUUCCCCGUCUUGUUCAUUCCCUUUCUGUUCCCGACAUCCCGGCAUGCAGCUCCAUCCUCACACAUAAUGAGGAGGAUGACAGUGACACGGGCAUCGAUAUCCCAGACUGCAGCAGGACGGUAUCUGACCCCAUCAUUCUGCCCUCCCACUCCACAGCUGACAGACCACUGCAUGCUGUGAUUACUGGGAAGGGCAAAUUGCCUCGAUUGUCUGCCUUGCCAAAACAUGAGCAGCUUUCAGGAGGAGAGAGUCAGGAAAGUCUUGGCAUGGAGGUAGAAAUUAAGCCCGAGGCACUGCUGGAGCCAUGCAAGUUAUGUCAAGUGCGUCCACGUAAUGGAAAUAUUAUACACGGACGCACAGCUCACCUGCUAACCUGCUUUCCAUGUGCUCGGAGGCUACACAAGUUCAAGGCUCCUUGUCCAGGAUGUGGAAAAGUCAUUCAGAAAGUUAUUAAGAUAUUUGUCCUCUAAAAUGGCGCGCACACACACACCAAACAGACUGCGAGUUCAGUAAAUAACAUUUUGAAAUACAUUGGACCAUAUGGCUGUAUACAUUCUGAUCUAAAACCUCUCCUCACAGUAACUUGGGCCUUAAAAUCCACACAUUGACACGAGUAUAGCACUUGGUUAAUCCUUCCCUUCAGGUCGGUUAAUGCUGACUGGUGCAAGCAUUCGUAUGAGCCUGCUAGUUGAAAAGUAGAUACGCAAAACGAAGUGUCGACUUUCUGGAAUUGGCCGAUGACACCAAGCAAUUUAUUUGAACAUUUAAAUAGUUCUGUACUGGAUGUGUGUAUAGAGAGUGAGCACUGAAAUGUAAAAUUGUACCUUGACAUUGCUUUGAUGUGGUUGUAUAUUGAAGCAGAA